AUUGGUGUGGAUAAAGAAGCUUGGGUGUGGUGUAAAAAACUUUAAUAAAAACAAUCAAGAUGACACUGUUUUGUGUUGAAAUAAAAAAAAAAAAAACAAACAACAAAAAUGUCAUAUUGUCAUUAUUAUUUUUAUUAUGUACGUGUAACUUUCAUAUGUCAAAUGCCAAGUUUCUACUUUCAAAGUAAAUAAAUAUAUAUUUUUAUGUAAAUAUUAAUUUAAUAAUAAGCAUCAUAUAAUUAUAAUUUAAAAAUUAAAAUGGCCUGGAUAUCAGGUCUUGCUGGUAAAGCUGAAAAUUUAUUAAAUAAAAUUGAUAAAAAUACAGCAGCAGUUUUGAGUAAAGACAAGUAUGAUAUUGAACCAGAUAAUCAGCUGACUGAUAUCACUUGUGACAACUUUACAACAGACACGAGUACUAAUAAUUUCACAACGGAAUCACCAUCAAGAUCAGCACAAUUUAUACGUCCAUCAUAUCAACCAGAAUCACAUGAGACAAUUUUAGAUGAAGAAUUAAUUAAUUAUUUAAAUACACCAACAAAACAACAACAACAACAAAGUGAAAGUGUUGUUAUAAAUACAAUGUUACCAUCACCACCAUCAGCAACAACAACAAUGCCAAUGACAUCAUCAUCGUCAUCAAUAUCUGUUGAUAAUUCUGAUCAUAAAGGCUCAGAAUAUUCAAGUUACAGUGAAUGUUCAUCACCAGAUUAUUCACCAACACUUAUUGAAGUACAAAAUUUAGAUGAUUUAAAUAUAAAUAAUUCAAAUGAUCUUAAAAGCCAAAAUAAAUUAUUACGUGAUGAAAUUGAAAGAUUAAAUAAUGAGCUACUUGUUGCUGUUCAUGUUGAUGAAACAAUUGAAAGUGAACAAGAAGGAAUGUUGAGUAAAUUAGAAUCACAACGUCGUGAAUAUGAAUACAAAUUAAAUCAACAACGUCAACAAAUUGAACACUUGACACAAUCAUCGAAAAAAUUAAAUUCCAAAAAAAAACCAAAUAAUAUACAAGUUAAUUUUGAAGAACAAAAUAAUUAUUUAACUCGUCAAAAUACAGAUAAUCAAAAAAUAAUAUUAUUGUUAAAGGAAAAACUACAAGAAAAAGAUAUGAAUAAUUUAAAAUUAUCAAAAAAAAUUAAUGAUUUAGAAAAUAGUAUUGAAAGAACAAGAAAUGAUUUACAAUCAUCUAGACAGGAGUUAGAAAAACAUCGUGCAAGAGCAAUUAAAACAUUACAAGAAAAAGAAAAAUUAAUAAAUGAAUUAAGAAUAAAUAAUUCUGAUGGUAAUUACGAAAGUUCAACAUCAAUAACAAUGGAAUUAAAUCAGUUACGUCAAGAAUGUACAUUGCUAAGAUCGGAAAAUCAAAAUUACAUUGAACAACUUAAAGUAUCAAAAGAAGAAUUAAUAAAUGCUGAUAUUAAAAUUGAAGAAACAUAUCGUAAAUAUGAUAAUGCAAAUAGAGAAAUACAAGAAAAUUUAAUAAUUGAAAGAAAAAAACGUAUUGAAGCUGAAGAAGAUUCAAGGCAACAAUCUGAUCAAGUUAGAAAUCUUAAAAAUGAAUUAACAAUACAGCUAACAAAUUACAAUGAUAAAUUAAAAAUGAAAGAUAUUGAAAUAACAAAAUUACGUUCACAAUUAUCAGCAGUUAGUACACCAUCAAGUGCUGUUGAAAUGAGAUUAACAACAUUAACUAAAACACUUGUAUCAAAACAAAUUGAGCUUGAAUCAUUGACAACUGAAAAAAAUGCAUUGAGAUUACAGCUAGAAAGAAUUGAAGAAAAUUAUAGAAAAGUUUUAAAUAAUUUAAAGAAACCAUUGAAUGUCAAUGACACUGAUGAUGUCAAAGCUCGAUUACCAACUUUUAUGGUUGAAUCACCAUUUGACACAAGUGUUACUAGAAGAGUCAAGAGAGCUUACUCAUCGCUAGAUGCAAUUAGUGUUAGAAUUGGUGUUUUUUUACGAAGAUAUCCACUUGCCAGAAUUUUUAUCAUUAUGUAUAUUGGUUUAUUACAAUUCUGGGUACUUGUUGUUCUUCUUUCACGAACACCAGAUGCACACCAAUGAAUUUGCCAAAAUUAUAAGAAAAAAAAAAAACACAAUAUGUAUAAAUUAUAUUUAAAUUGUUAAUGAAAUCAUCAUCAUUUAAAUAAAUUUAUUUUUUC